GUUUGGUACCAUAAUGGAUCCUGUCCAUGGAUCCAUACAACUUGAUAAAUAUUUGUUUAAGAUUAUUGAUAGACCAGAAUUCCAGAGACUAAGGAAGAUCAAGCAAUUUGGUGGAGUAUAUUAUGUGUAUCCUGGUGGUGUUCACACAAGAUUUGAGCAUUCUAUUGGUGUUUGUUAUAUUGCUGGCCAACUGGUUGAUGCCUUAAACAAGCACCGUCCUCCAGACGAGGAAAACCUAUCUAAAUGGUUCACACAAGAAGAGAAGAUGUGUGUACAGAUUGCUGCAUUGUGUCAUGACAUUGGGCAUGGACCUUUCUCACAUGUUUAUGAUUUUGCUGUCAAAGAAUAUUACAAGGAAUUAAAAACAAAGCCUAAUGGACUUAAGGAAAUGAAAGAGUUUAUAACAUCAAAAGAAGAUGAAUAUGGUGACAAUAAGAAUGUGGACUCUUAUGUGGAGAAAAAAGAAUUACCAAAAGGUAAAUUAUUAUUAUACUUGGAUAUUCGUCCAUAA